AUGCACGACGUUAUCGCGUGGCUGCAGGACGCAUGGAUGAACAUCCCCGCCAAGACAAUCCAACGUUGCUGGUGGCGCACGGGGUGCAUGCCGCGCUCGUGGGCCAUGGAUUUGGUGCAAGUAGGGUUGGAUGGCCUUGCCCCGGUCGGCAACGGCGUGAAUGCUGCUCUCCCUAUCGACCUCGACGAGGACAUCGGGGACGUCGGCAUCAUGAUCGGCCGUCUAGGCCUCGGGCCUAGCGCCAUGCCGGCCGCCGCCUUCGUCGCGAUCGACGACGACCAGCCCACGUGCGCCGAACCUGGCGAGGACCUGCUCGCCCUUGAGCCCGCGACGGGGUAUUCGGGCGCGUCCUGGGAGGCGGCGUCCACCAUGCAGGCAGUCGAUGAUGACGACAACCCCGAGAGCCGUGAGGCGCGGCGUUACGCUCGGGCGGCGAGCGAGAUGCUCAUUGGCUACGCACGCUCCACGGGCAUCACGCCGUGCAACCUCUGCGCGCUAUUCGAGAUCAAGAACCCCAUCAUCGUCGACCGCAUGGACCAAUGUAUGAACCUGCCGGAUGGACACGCGGGUGCCCACAGUGGACGAUUCACUGCGAGUGGUGGUGAUGAUGAUCUUGCUUCUGCUGCCAUACCCACACCCCUUUUUGGCUGA